UCGCUGCUCGAGUGCGCGGGGCGGAAGCGCCUCGGUGCGGAGGUGUUUACGGCCGCUGGUCGCGGGCAGGGCCAGGCCGGGUCGGGCCGGCGGCGAGAGCGGCGCAGAGGCCGCCCCCGCGCCGAUGUGCCCGCAGCCUCCCAUGGAGGUGAUGGAGGGGCCGCUCAACCUGGCUCAUCAGCAAAGCCGAAAAGCUGACCGCUUGGUGGCAGCAGGGAAAUACGAAGAAGCCAUUGCUUGUCACAAAAAGGCAUCUGCUUAUCUUUUGGAGGCCAUGAAGCUGACACAAUCGGAUCAGGCCCAGUUAUCAUUGGAAUUACAAAGGGAUAGUCACCUGAAACAGAUACUGCUAAUCCAAGAGCGAUGGAAGAGAGCAAAGAGGGAGGAGAGGAUAAAGACGCAACAAGCUGCUGACAAGGAUAGUGCAUCAUAUCUGCACGCUUCCUAUAAGCCAACGGUUGAGGAAUCUGAUGAUCAAAACGUGUCAACUCCCAGUAGCCUAAAAUACAACCCCUCUCCAGAGAAGGAUUCGCAGGCAAUUCCUGGCCUCUUUGAUAGGGAGCCAGAUACACUACUGUUUCUGCUCCAGACCAGAAAGAAACCAGCAGAAGUCCGUGUUGGAAGCAAAACUCCAAAGGAUGACAAGACAAAAAUUGAGGAACAGGCCACCAAAAUUGCUGAUCUAGAACGUCACGUGGAAGUUCUCUUAGCCGAAAACGAGAGAUUAAGGCGAGAGAACAAGCAGCUCAAAGCAGAGCGAGCCAGGCUGCUCAGGUCUCCCCUGGAGAAGGAGCUGGAUGUCGAUGCUGACUUUGUUGAGAAGUCAGAAUUGUGGGGCCUGCCGCAACAUACUGAAGCUGCUGCAACAUCAGCCUCCACCUGGCAGAAAUUUACAACCAACACAGGGAAGGCCAAGGACAUUCCAAUACCCAGCCUUCCCCCACUGGACAUUCCAUCCCCUGAGCUCCCCCUCUUGGAGCUCUCAGAGGAUAUUCUGAAGGGACUCAUGAACAGCUAAGUGGAGACCAUAACUCACCUGUAGCUCAGCAAAGUCCAAAAAAAAGGGAAAGCCUCUGCCACGGGCCGAAAUAGUAACUACCGCCCUAACAAGUGAGAAAAUCUCAUGUCACUGGAAAAAGAACCCAUGUCAUUGGAUUGAUUGACCAGUGCUUACAGUUUACCAUCGUUGGUAAAAACUAAGCCGUGUCUCUUGACUCUUUUCAAGCCAAAUGUGGGUGAGACAUUCAAGCGUAACCGUCUUGGAGGGCCCUAAGGUAUGCUAUGUGUAACAGGCCUCUCCAAUGCCAUAAAAUCAUGCAAAGCCUAAAUUGGUAUGAGCCAGACGGGGGACGACUUCAAAGACAUUUUUCUGUCAUGCAUUCAAUUGUUAUUUGAAUUGUGCACAAAAAAACUCCUCAAUAGAGUGGAUGUCACCUCUGUUCCUUUACCGGAUGGCUCUAUGUGCCACGCUUUUGCUCUCCUGGCUUAAUAUAAUGUCAGCCAGUCAGGAGAAUUCCAUUUUUCUGAAGGAACCAAACUAGUUCUAUUAAUUUUUUUUGAUUUGUUAUUUUUUUAUUUGUUUACAUAAUCAGGGUGCUUCAUAAUGUGUUUUCUUUAUAAGGAACUGCUAGGCAUUGUUUUAAGCAAAUUCAGAGACGAACAAUCCUUGAUGCAUGAAUGGACAUGUGGACAUAAUGGUAGUUGCCAGAGCUUGAUUGAAAAUAAAAUGUUUCAGGUC